AAAUCGUGUCAUGUCAAAUGAACAAUUAGAAAAGAUCAACAGCGCAAUAUGAUUGUGACAACAUCUAUAGGCACCCUACUAGAGGGUAGAACAUAGAUGAUAAACACAUUGAAUGACUCUCCAAGGAGUCAAGGCUGUUGGAGAGACUGAGAAUAUGGGACUGUGGGACAGGAAGAAGAUUGAGCAAACAAGUCAAGCCCGCUUUUCAUGUGUUUUGGGCGUGUUGUCUUACAGUAAUGUCAUAGACAUUACAGAUACACUAAGUGGUCAAAGUAGCAUAUACUGCAUUUCCUUUGAGUAGGUUACUCGGGGGCACAGUAACAACUUGUUUCAUCAUCAGCCUUUUAGGUCAGUGCAAAAGGAAACCUGUACUGGAAACUAGGAGCAGUGACACUGUUAGUAGUGUCACGUCUCAGGUUACAAUCUCCUAAAACCAAUCUGGAGUAGUAGGAACUGCCCUCUGACAUUCUGUUAUGAAUACACAGCUUCUUAUGACUGGUGUGUAGUAGAGUACUUGGCAGCUGCCUCUACCUCUCUCUCUCUCUCUCUCUCUCUAACUCUCUCUCGCUCUCCCUCUUUCUCUCACGCUACAGCCAACGUUUUAUGUUUAGAGGGGCAGAGCCAAGGGCAUAUUUUCUAGGGGUGGAGGAGAGGGGGAGGGUACAGUAGUUGACCCCUCCCCCUGCUGCUACUGCAACUUGCUCUAGUGCUCUCGGGGCUGCAGGGAGGCGGAGCUGCAGAGCACAUGGCAAAUUUAUUUUUCGAACGAGGCUCCUUUAAAUCCGGGGGAUUACGGCGUCAUAGACAAGAGGAGCCUGUGUACUUCCUGUUCUGUCAAUUGAAUGGGAUACACGGAAGUCGUGAGUGUGUAUGUAAGAGCGAUAAAGAGGGGGGAGGGAAUAUGAACUGAAUGUACACACCUGCCGGCUGAUGGAAUAAUGCUCUGAUCACAGUGGAGUGCGAAGUUACCCAAGAGAGAAGGAGAUAUAAUAGGCAGUCCCACUCCAUCACAAGGAUGGAUUCAAGCUGAAGAAGAACCAGGAAGAGAGGAACUGAGUUACUGUCCUUUAUGCAAGUUGUGUACUGGCUGUGCCCCUGCCCUUCACCAUGACUCUCCUAACCCACGUGCUGGCAUGCCUCUUUGGCAUGGGCUCCUGGGUGGCCAUCAACGGGAUGUGGGUGGAGCUGCCCCUUAUCGUGCCCGAAAUCCCAGAGGGUUGGUACCUGCCCUCUUACCUCACUGUGCUCAUCCAGAUGGCCAACGUGGGGCCCCUUUUCGUCACCCUCAUGCACCGCUUCCGCCCGGGCAAGCUGGACGAGCGGCCCGUCAUCUACUCCAUAGUGGGCCUGGGCGUGGUCGCCACCUUCCUCCUGGCCUUCUUUUGGAAGCACACGGUGCCCCUAGCGGGCGCUACGCAUAGUGUCCCCCUCCUAGUGCUCUGUUUCCUACUCUCUGUGGUGGACUGCACCUCCUCGGUCACCUUCCUGCCCUUCAUGAUGCGCCUCGGGCCCCAGUACCUCACUACGUACUUUGUAGGGGAGGGCGUUAGUGGCUUGGUGCCUGCCGUAGUGGCUCUGGUGCAGGGGGUGGGGGUGGUUCACUGUCGGAAUGCUACAGUGGCUAGCUUAGCCAAUGGGACCUUAGGUAUUAACUCCACGGUAGAGGCCAGUGGAGAGCUCCAGGCUCAAUACCAGCCCGCUAACUUCUCGGCCCAGGUCUUCUUCCUCUUCCUCAGUGCCAUGAUGGUGGUGUGUCUGGCCGCCUUCCUCUUGCUCAACCACCACCCGGCCGUGGCCAGGGAGAGGAAGCGCGAGCACUACUUCAACAGAGGCCUGGCAGAGAAGAGUGACCAAGCCCUGUCCCUGUCUCACAGACCUCAAGAGGAGAAGCCCAUGAUCAACUCUCCGGAUGGCCACCGGAGAGCCCGGCAGAGCACCUUUGGGACGGGCUUCUACAGUGGGCUGGAGGUGACGUUCAUCUUUGUGGUUCUGGCCUGGGUCAAUGCCCUGACCAAUGCAGUGCUGCCCUCAGUGCAGUCUUACUCCUGUCUGCCCUACGGGAACCAGGCCUACCAUCUGGCGGCCACCAUGGCAGCCGUGGCCAACCCCGUGGCCUGCUUCAUCGCCAUGUUCCUGCCCUUAAGGUCAUUGGUGCUGAUUGGGCUUCUGACAAUAGUUGGGACAGGGUUUGGUACUUACAUCAUGGCCAUGGCUGCACUGAGCCCCUGUCCUCUACUGGUCCACAGCGCCUCAGGAACCGCACUCAUAGUCAUAGCCUGGAUGUUGUUUGUCCUGACCCUCUCCUAUGUGAAGGUGAUCAUUGGGGUGAUCCUUCGGGAUGAGGGCCACAGCGCCCUCGUGUGGUGUGGAGCAGUAGUACAGCUUGGUUCCAUGCUAGGUGCCUUGUCCAUGUUUCCCUUGGUCAGUGUCUAUGGACUCUUCAAAUCAGGGGACCCUUGUAACACCAUGUGCACAAAGUAGGGAUAAAGCUGUGGCUUACUGUUGAAACUCACUGUAGAAAAGAAAAGUUGUUGACACUGUUAAUGUAUAUUUCAUCAUGCGAGUUUGCCUCUUUAAACUGAUUUUGACGUAUCUAGUCUGUCGCCAAAGCAAUUACAUAUCUCCCUAUGGUUCCGGAAGGAUCUCUUUGAAGCACAUUCUCAGAUUAGAAACUAAAUGGCAGCAAACCGUUUGUGUUUGUUUUCUGUUGAAAAAAGUUUACAAACUUACGGUCUUAUUUUGAUCACCUUGUUGGCAAGAUAGGUUUUUCUGCAUUGCAGGGGCUUUAAAACGUGUAGUGUAUUUGAGGUUUAAAAAGGCUACUGAAGUUUGCAAUUUCCACUUUGACAUUUCAGACUUUAUUCCCUAUGAGACUUCAUUCCCUAUGAAAAUUCCCAUGAAUUAUAAUCCACAUAAUAAUUCACAUUUCCUGUUGCUGCAGGAUUAUUUUCCUGCUGUUGCAAACUGGCUCAAAUUAAGAUCUGAAAUAUGUAAAAUGUGGGAGGCCAACUUUUAUUGUUACAAAGACCACAAAGAUGCUAAUAUUUUAUUGCUAAGCUUUCUACAAUUCUUCUUUAAAAGAAGAUGAAUGCCUUUUUUACAUGAAGGGUAAUUAAGUAUAGUGUUAUAAAAGUGAUGGUUGGAAGAUGUUACUGGGACAAAACAGUGCCUUCAUUUUGGAGUUUCUAGCACUGCAAAUGUCAACCAAAAGGUAAUUUAUGUUUAUUCUUUACCCGUCUAUGUUUUAUGUAUUUUUUUUCAAAACCAAAAUUUGUCUUACAUGCUUUGUAUACGACCUUACUGCAGUUAUAAUGUAAUGGAUUGUCAUUAUGUAUGGCUCAAGUCAAUAAAAAUGUGUAUAUAUA